AUGUCGCCCUCCUCUCUGACCCUGGGAGCCCACCACCCCACAUGGUGUCCCCAGCUGCAGUACAGGGGGACUGGCUGUUUGUCUGGGGGCCCAGCAUCCAGCACUGGUUUUGGCAGCGUGUGCAGCAGCUGCAAGGCUAUGGCGGGCUGCAGGGAGGUGAGUGUGGUGAGGGAGGGCAGGCGGGUGGUAGUGGUGCGCUGCUACACCCCUACCCACCACAACGAUCAACACCACAGCACCCAGCCUCACCUUCUACAUCUCUCCUCCUCAUCCUCCCUGCUGGGAGCCUGCUGCUCUGCCCCUGGGUGGAGAGAAUAUAUCAAGAACUGGAGACCACGCUACUUCCUGCUGAAAACGGACGGCUCGUUCAUAGGUUACAAAGAGAAGCCACAGGACGCAGACCUACCCUAUCCCCUUAAUAAUUUCUCUGUUGCAAAAUGCCAACUGAUGAAGACAGAACGACCAAAGCCCAACACAUUCAUCAUCAGAUGUCUACAAUGGACCACCGUCAUAGAGAGGACCUUCCAUGUGGACACGCCAGAGGAAAGGGAUGAGUGGACGGAGGCCAUCCAGAUAGUAGCAGACAAACUCCAAAGACAGGAGGAAGAGAGGAUCCAAUGCAGUCCCACGGCUCAGAUGGACAACAUCGGAGAGCUGGAGGAGAUGGACACCUCUACCAGCCACCAUAAACGGAAGACAAUGAAUGACUUUGACUACUUAAAACUACUGGGAAAAGGCACUUUUGGUAAAGUGAUUCUAGUGAGAGAGAAGGCUAACGGGAAAUAUUAUGCAAUGAAGAUUUUGAAGAAAGAAGUCAUUAUUGCAAAGGAUGAAGUGGCACACACACUCACAGAGAGCAGAGUCUUAAAAAACACCAGGCACCCUUUCCUAACUUCUUUGAAGUAUUCCUUCCAGACUAAAGACCGCCUGUGCUUUGUAAUGGAAUAUGUGAAUGGAGGAGAGCUGUUUUUCCAUUUGUCGAGAGAGCGGGUGUUCUCUGAGGACCGCACGCGCUUCUACGGUGCCGAAAUAGUCUCCGCUCUGGACUACCUGCACUCCGCCAAGAUUGUGUACCGGGAUCUCAAGCUGGAGAACCUAAUGCUAGACAAAGACGGACACGUCAAAAUCACAGACUUCGGGCUCUGCAAGGAAGGAAUCACAGAUGCUGCUACAAUGAAGACUUUCUGUGGAACGCCGGAGUACCUAGCUCCAGAGGUGCUGGAGGACAAUGACUACGGCCGGGCGGUGGACUGGUGGGGUCUGGGCGUGGUCAUGUAUGAGAUGAUGUGCGGUCGGCUACCCUUCUACAACCAGGACCAUGAGAAGCUGUUUGAGCUGAUCCUCAUGGAGGACAUCAAGUUCCCCCGCACGCUGUCGUCAGACGCCAAGUCACUGCUGUCAGGACUACUCAUAAAGGACCCCAACAAAAGGCUUGGAGGAGGUCCAGAUGAUGCUAAAGAAAUCAUGGGACAUAGUUUCUUUACUGGAAUCGAGUGGCAAGAUGUUUAUGAUAAGAAGCUGAUACCGCCCUUCAAACCUCAGGUGUCGUCAGAGACAGAUACCAGGUAUUUUGACGAAGAAUUCACGGCACAGACAAUUACAAUAACUCCCCCUGAAAAAUUUGAUGAAGACGGGAUGGAUUGCAUGGACAACGAGCGGAGACCACACUUCCCCCAGUUCUCCUACUCGGCCAGUGGGAGAGAAUGAUCGCUGUAUCCAGACAGUACUGCACCACCAUCAGUACCAAUGGAAGGUUACAGUAUAAAACCAACCUAGCCUGAGCUAACCCCUCCUCUCUCCAUUUGGGUCAUUCCAUAGUGAGCAUGGAGAUCCAUCACUGUAUGUUUUAUGUGUCUGUUUUUUCAUGGGGAUUUUGCAUGUGUGGUCAGACAGAAGUUCAGCCCUGUUGGUAGUUCCCGACAGUUAAAGGUGCAUUUCUUAUGGAAUGCUCCUUUUAAAGCCUUGAAACUGACUCAAGAGGGCAAACGGGUUUGUUGUGUUGUGUGUCAUUAGAUCCCUUGGUCAUUGACUUCUGCGAUCCAGUUCUAUCUACUGUAGGAGACUGACAUUCCUGGUAGGGAGCGCUGCUGUCUUUAGCGUUCUCAUUUCACAUAGGACAGUAUACUAGAACUCGAGAUUCACAGGAGAUUCUCCAUUUGUUUGCUGUGUCAUAAUCUGCAACGGUCCUCAUUCUUCUCUUGAUGACAUUUGGGUUUACACAUUGUCGUUUGGUUAGCUAACAUCUGUGUUGUGUGUAUAGAAAUAAGUUUACUAUAGGAUUAGAGAUUUUUCUUUCAGAAGUCAAAAACGGCCAGAAAACGGUUCACUCAGGCUACACAGAGAUCAAUCUGUCUUCACCUCCGUAUACAGGUCACCGGUACUGCUAUCUUUACUCUGCAGGUCAAGCUACAAGCGCUAACUAUACAAACCACCUCCACCACUUCUCAUGGACACUAUGACUGUAGUCUCACAUAUUAUACUGUUACGUCAUUUUGUCCCUUAUUUAAGGUGUGCAAAAGUAAACCUCUAGUCUCGUCUGCUAUUUGUUGAUAGGCUGUGAUUUUUACUUUCUCCUCUCGCCUGUGAAAUCAGUCAUUCGAAUAGUGUGAACGCUUUGGGAUGUUGCUCUGCCAAUGUUAUGUAUGAAUGGGAGUAAAUGUUUGUGUACUGUGUGUAGAGAUUUUAAGAGAGCCUGAAGGCACAGCACUGUUGGCUGUAACCUCCUGUGAAUCCGAGCUGUGCGUUAGCUGUCAGGAACAGCAAGGUUCACCUCAACUUGUCUUAACAGUGAGGAUGAGAGGAAGAGCAUUCUAGGUAUGUGUGUCAGGGUUAUCUGGCUGAAGGUAGAUGCUUCCCACAACUGAAAUUAUGUAAAGCUUUAUUUCAGACAUAUCACCAUAGAAAAUAAAAGCAUUCAAAAACAAAAAUGUAUAAAUGUGAAUGAGAAAUGCAAGAUGGUGGCUGUUUACUGUC